ACAAUGGGAGCUGUCCCUAAGGACAACAGCGGGCAGCCCCAGGGCAGUUGGACUUGGGCGAUCAGCCAUGGAUUCAGCACUUGUGCUCCUCCUGGCUGUGCUGGCCGUCCUGCCCAAGCCGACCCACGAUCGUCCGAGCGAUGCAGUCGCUGCGGAGCGGAUGAAGAGACGGCAGAUUUUUCUCGAGGAGAAGAUGAGCGAGCUGUGGGAGGAAAUCGCGUGGAGGAGGGCCCUGGAAAAAGUUCCACUCCUGUGGAUCUUGCAGCACUGGCUCUUCUGGGUGGCUGCAGCAGCUGUGCUCUGCUGGCUGGCCUGGCGCCGUCAGCGGGACAGCUGGCGAGGAGAGGAGGAAGAAGAGCUGGGCGCAGCAGCCGGGGCCGUCAGGCCUUUCCCAGAGCUCAGCCGGUCACCGCUGCAGGAACUGCCCUACAUGGGCCGCACCCUGAAGAAGCUGGUGCGGGACCUGCUGGAGGUGUGCCAGGUGCUCUCCCAGAGCACCUUCAUGCCAGAGCUGCACCCGGCCACCCGGAAGCAGGGCACCAUCGAGUCCUGGAGUGACCUGGGCCACCAAAUCAUCUACCAGCUGGUGGUCUUCCUGAGGCCACCCCCCAGGCACUCUUUCCAGCUGCAGCCGCCCGCCGGCAAGAACGUGCCAGAGAGGUGCUCCAACAUCCGGGUGGUGCUGGAGUGCUCGUGCUCCAGCACGACGGGGGAGGCGUCGUGCUUUGUCCACCCCACGCACGACGCUCAGCCCUCGCGCCUGCUCCGCACCCUCUGCACGGACUCCCACUUGGAGGUGGAGAAAGUCGCCGGCUGGGUGCAGGACUUGGUGGAAGCAGCCUGGGAGCGUUUGCCCCAGUGGCAUGACUGGCAGCUCCAGCUGCUGCCCUCCUCCCGCUCCUGCAGGCUCCUGCUGACCGGCCCCUGCGAGGUGCAGCUCUGCGCUGAGCUGCUCUUGGCGCUGCGGCAGGGCCGGCCAGGCAACUUCCUGGUGCUGGAAUAG